AUGCACGGCUUUGGAAGAGAGCUGCGUACAACCCAGGAUCGAACACCCUGUGCCAAGACGUCGCCUCUCGCAAGAAGGGUCGAGCUGGUCGAAAGCUCAAGUACAGCGACCUAUCCGAACCAAGAUUACUUCAAGCGUGGGUUCUUGGUCCGCCAUUCGAUCAGCAUCAAGCCACAACUGACCGAGGCCAACAAAGCAGCACGUCUUAAGUGGGCGUUCGAACGUCUUGGGCCGGACUUGAUGGUGCAUGACAUGAUGGACUACGUCCACGUGGAUGAAAAGUGGUUCUACAUGACUCGGGUCAAGAAGACGUUGUACCUGCUGCCAGGAGAAGAGCCGCCACAUCGCAGCACCAAGUCGAAACGGUUCAUCACGAAAGUGAUGUUCCUGUCAGCUGUCGCGCGGCCUCGUUGGAACUACAACACGAAUGAAUGGUUCGACGGUCGCAUCGGGACAUGGCACUUUACGCAAACUGUACCGGCCCAACGGAGCAGCCGUAAUCGUCCAAGUGGGACCAUGGUGACGGUGCCUUGUACGGUGACACGUGACACGUACCGCGACAUGCUCAUUGACAACGUCAUACCUGCUAUCAAAGCAAAGUGGCCCAAUGACAAAGCCGCACGCAUCCUUCUCCAACAAGACAACGCUCGUCCGCAUGUGCCUCUGUCCGACGAGAGGGUGGCUGCUGCCUGCGCCUCGGAUGGCUGGGCAAUCGAAGUUGUCUGCCAGCCGCCCAACUCACCUGACAUGAACGUGUUAGAUCUUGGGUUCUUCCGCGCAAUCCAGACCUUGCAAGAGCGUACCCGGUGCAAGACAAUCGAUGAACUUAUCGAUGCGACGCUGUCGGCCUGGACUACGGUUGACGCCAUGACCCUAAACUCAAACUUCCUCACCUUGCAGACGUGCUUGAUCGAAGUCGUUCGUGCUGGUGGUGGUAACAACUACAAGAUUCCCCCACAUGGGCAAGAAGAAGUUGGCCAAGCAAGGGCUGUUACCGGAGUCUGUGGAGUGCCCGCGGGAUGUGUUCAACUUCGGUCAUGCGGCUAUCGGGGCUACUGA